UACAAAAGUGAACAAGUGAAAAAGUGAAUACAAAAUUAUAAAAUUGGUUUACAUGAUUUUUUCUCUGUUCCCGCAAUUCUUUCUCUAUUCAAACAAACAAAAGAAAAGUUCUCUUUUCUAAGAAUAAACAUAUACAUCGACAUUUAUUUUAUAUGUAUGUAAUUAUAUCUGUAUCUCAGUCUGUAAUCUUUCUUUUAAAUACUUUGUGCUAAUUAUUUGUUGUGCUUUUAUAUGCAAAGUGCUGCUAAAAACCUACGCAACUUUUGUAUUCGUCGUGAGUUGUGUUAAAUUGUUGCGAGGUGCUUCGCUGAUGCUUCACGAGAGUGAGAGUGCAUUGAACUUGUGUGUGUUGUUGAAACCGUCAUCAUUGGUUUUUCUUCUUGAAUUGUUUUCUGCCAAAAUUUUGUAUUUUUAAUUUAUUCUCAUCCCGCCGUGACUAAACUUUCCAACAACAACAAAAAAAAAGAAGUUUAAUCUUGGCCUUGAGAUUUUAGAGAAACAAGUGCGAAAGUUCGUUGACUGUUGUUUUUUUUUUCUAUUCUUUUUGAUUCUGGGAGAGAGAAAAUGCGCGUGAACUCUUUUUCAUCAGUCUACAACGAAUCAUCAUCAUUAUCAUCUUUAUCAUCUUCGGGUGGCGAAGGACAUCUUCUUUAUUUUUGCUUCUCUUUCUUCGGUGUUGUUUAUGUUUCCUUGGAUUAAAUAAACAUUGCACACAGUUUUCCUAACACGGUCAAACACGUUUAUUAUUAUCUCUUUUUUAUACAUAUAAAAAAAAACGCACAGUGAAGUAAAAGACACCUGCUUGUGUGUUUUAAUUUAACAGCGGGACGACUACAAACAGCAUCACCAUGAGUCACCACAGUCGUAGUUCAAGUGAAAUCGAGACAACAACUCUUCGAGAUGUUCUACCAAUAUUUCUUAAAGAUUUCAUGAAAGACUUUGAAUUUUUAAAUAUUAAAGAUUCAGUAAAACACAUCUUUAGUGAAGAUGAUAUGCGAUUAAUACUUGCUGAGACUGAUGAGAAAAAACAGAUUUUCCAUUUAUUUUGGAUUCUAUAUGAAAAUGAGUUCUAUGCAGAGCAAUUUCUUCUCAAUAUCAAAGAUUGGUAUUCAUGGCUAAGUGACAAAGUCUUCAGUGAACGCGAUACUGUGUCAAAAGAUACCGAAAGAUAUUUAAAUGCCGUACGAGUUCUACGUAGUGAUUUUCAAAAGCAUUUAGACUUUAAUGUCCAUCGAAUGGAAUAUUAUUGGCCAAUUCGUUUGGCAUUGAAAAAGCUCAAACCUUUCAAUUACCUCGUUCUAAGUGGUGAAUUGGGUUGUGGUAAAAAAUGGCUUGUUGUCGAUGUUUGUUCAGAAUUUGGUAUAAUGAAAGCAAUGGGCUUGAAUAUAUUUUGGCUUGAUGUUCGAAAUUGCAAUAGUAAAGAAGAAGACUUUAGAGCUCUACAACAGUUUCGUCUACUAAUUGGCGAAGAUGAUUCUACAUCGACAUGGCAUCCAUCAAGUGAACUUGAUGGUGUUAAAAAUAAAAUUCUCCAUCUUCAACAAUAUAUUCGAGAUCGUUUACAACAAGACAAAUUUAAAGAUUGUCUUUUAGUUCUCUCUGAAGUUCAAAACUCCAAGACUCUAAAGGCUUUCAAUUUGGGAUGUAAAACUCUGAUCAUAACAAGGAAUAGACAGAUUGCAAGUUCUCUAUCAGAAUCUACUACCACACAUGUCUCUGUCGAUCGGGGACUUUCUACAUCGCAGUGCUAUCAGUUGUUUGAAAAAGUAUUACAACGCAGAAGGAAUACAUUUCCGAAAGAUGCUUCAGAUAUAUUUCUUCAGAGCAAUGGACAGCCAUAUUUAUUAAGUAUUAUUGCUAACAAUUUGAAAGUUAAUAAGAAACACAAUUGGGUUGAGUGGAUAAGAAACUUACAGAAUCUACAAAUAACUGACAAUAAGUUCACAAGGAUAAUUGAAUUAUCAUUGAAAGUAUUACAGCCAGAAGAAAUGGAAUUAUAUAAAACGCUUGCCGUUUUUCCUCAUUCUAUUAAAAUUCCAUUGAAGCUACUUGCCGCAUUAUGGCAUAAAAAAGAACGUGAAGCAAUGCAUAUUAUUGCCAAAUUUGAUAAAUAUUCUGUGAUAAAUCGCAAAUACUUGCCUGACGAAAGUAUUGCCUGCGUUUUGCCAUAUCUCUACAGUUCAUAUUUAAAAACCUAUCCAGAUAUAGAUCGACAAGCUAUACAUAAAAGGGUUAUAUGUUAUUAUAAAAUCGUUGAAGUAUUGGAAAACAGAAAAGAUGUUGAAUUGUUUUCAUUUAACAAUGAUUUUUAUUUUUAUCAUUGUAUUGGAUAUCAUCUAAGAGAGUCUGGAAAAUUGGAUUUAUUUCCAAAAUUAUUUUUGGAUUUUGGUUUUCUUGGAGAAAAAUUGCGUUCGGAUGGAUUUGCUAAUACUAUUGGUGAUUUGAAUUAUUUCAGAAAGGAAAUAACUGACGAAGAUCCAUCAAAAGACAAACUGCUUAGUGAACUCUUGGAAUUCUUACCUAGCAUUGAAGAAAUGCUCUUCCGAUCUGCAGACACAUGUCUCCUACAGUAUGCUCUUAUGGCCGACGGACUAGUUUAUGAAGAAGCUGUUAGACAAGCAUCAAUGUUCUCCGAUAAAGUAUGGUUCAUUGAAAAGGGUCAUUUCCAUCAGCGUCGUCAAAUUAUUUGCUUGCCAAAUAAACCCAAGUUAAUUAAACUUCCCGAGCCAGAUACUUGUGCCAUAGCUCUUGACAACAAUGACAUUCUACUCGUUGAUUUAUCCUUGGACUAUAAUAGUGGACCAGUUUACUUGACUGACAAUCAAUAUCCAAUUAUACAAAUGGAACUUAUCCUCCAUGACGAUUACAUUAUUACGCUGGACGUUAGAGGAAAUUUAAAACUUUGGUCAAUAUCAGAUGAUCGUCGUCGUAGCGCUAGUCGCAGACGAAAUAGCCGCAAAAAAGUCAAUCCACUCAAUCUCAUCCAAAGUCCAGAAAUGAUGAAGAGAAAAUGUAAACAAUUGAUAAAAGAUAGUAUUCAAACAUUCCACAUUGAAUCGUACUUUGGUGGAAUAAUAGACUUGCAUUUAGGACUUGCCAAUGGUGAUAUAUGCAUUUACUCAUGGAAUGAACAAAAGAAACAAUUCGAAGACAAACGAGUGCCAAGACUGCCAACAAAAGUCAACAAAAUUUGUUAUCUUUCUAGAAUACUUGACAAAUACUAUCUCGUUCUAAGUAAUUCGGGUAAAUUAUUUAUUUACAAUUUACGAGAUGGUUCACAGACUGCUCAUUCAUUUGACUGGCCCCAGCCACAGCAAUUGGUCUACAUUGGAGAGUAUGUCAAGAAAUCUGUUACGUACAUUAUAAUUGUGUGUCGUGACAAGGUGCUAAGUUUAAGUUUUGCUCAACAGAAAUUUGAGUUUUUAAAUGGCAAUUUAGAAACUGUUUACAAUAUCAAUGACAAUGAUUCGGGAAAUGCUUUUACAUGUGCCCGACUAUCGCCCGAUGGCUGUUAUUUGGUUCUUGGCACAAAACGAGGUCUAAUUGUAUUCAAUACUGAUCAGAAAUCUGAAGUUUUGCGAGGUAAUAUUAGCGAAUGUAUUGCUUGUGUGGAUAUAUUUCCAUUGGAUGAUAAUGUUUUCAAGUACAUUGUUGUGUGUGGAUCUGAAAAUUCAAAAAUAUUGAAUUUAUUAUCCCUAAGAUUGUUGGAUAAUAAUACAAUCGUUUGGUCACAUCGAUUGAGCAAUAUGAAGAGCAUAAGUGAAAUAAAUAAUCCUCAAUUCGAACCGGAUGUUUGGUUGCAAGGCAAUAAACUAUUCGAUUUGAAUUAUACCGAUUCGGUUUUGCUUGUUGCAGUUGAUUCUAAAAAUCGGAUCCAUCAAUUGUGUACAACUGAUACAAAAAAUUGGUCCAUCUCAUUGCCACCAGAAACUCCUAGAAAAAUAACUGCAAUAACUGCUUUUAAUCAAAUUUCAUUUUGUGCUUAUGAAAAUGGAGAUAUUUUUAAUAUUACAAAGGAAGUUUUUGAACCCAAAUUCACAAACGAAAGUAUUACAUUCUUGCAGAUGAUUAAUGAAAAUACUUUGAUUGCGUCGUCAAAAGCGGCUAAACAAAGUAUUGUGCGACGAAUUGUAGAUGGUUCAGAUAAAGUCAUUGAUAAAAUCUUCAAUAUUGAUGUUUAUAAAUGUUUUACAGUAUCGGAAUCUUAUUUAAUUCUUAUGGAUCCACAAGGAGAAUUUAUCGUUGUAGAUCUUGAAAAUGAAUUUGAAUUGGUGCAAACUGUUAAUGAUGUUCCAAAACUAAUGGGUCAACGUUUGGCUCUGUUGGGUGGUUGUGAUUUUAAAAAUAACUACUUGCUACUGGCUACAGUGUAUUUCAAAAUUUUUAUUUACAAAAUCAACUUCAAUGAUGGUGCACAAGAAAUCAAGCCCUACACAAAAUAUGAAAAUAGUAACAAGGCCGAAGAGACUGACGAGGUUACAUGCAUAACUAGUUCAUCUGAUGCCACAUUAAUCGCUGUUGGUUUGAAAACCGGAACAAUUGAGAUAUAUCAAAUGGAUAACAAAUCGGUGAAAUUUAUCUAUCGCCUAUUAUCUCACACAUCUCAAAUAUACGAUCUAAAGUUUUCACCAUGUAAUGAUGUACUUGUUAGUUGUUCGGAACAAUUGUGCUUCUGGCAUGUCUCAUACAUUCUCAAUAAUCCUUUUGAUUCUGGAACUAAACAAAAACGUCGUAGUUCACGUUUUACAUCAUCACAUAGUCCAGUCGAGGAAGCAACUAAUGCCAUUGCUCAACUUAAUCCUUCGGAUGAUGGUGAAACUUAUAUGCUUCGCAAUCCAUGGUCUAAUAAACGUGGACCCAUGGAGAAACCAGAAUUGCUGUCAUGUAUCAAAUUUGUUGGUAACAAAGCAGAAAUCUUCUAUGCCAACGAAGAUUUCACCCAGUUCAAUACGAUAGACAAUGAGGGUGUGUAUUAUCAUUUGUGUGUGCAUGAUAUAAGUCGAAAGAUUAAUAGUAAUGGCGUCACCAAUGGCAAUGGUCUUAGUGCUGAAGGAGACGAUGAGGUUAUUAUUUGACGUCGUUGUCGUCGACGUCGUCGUUUUCACUUACUCAAGGAAAACUCUAUCUGGAGGAUAGUUUAUUAUAUAGUCAUUUAUAUGUUUUAUGUUAAUAUUGCCUAUUGUGGUGAAUAUAAUUAUUAGAUAAUUUUUUGUUUUUA